AUGCAAGAAAUGUUUGGCAUAGCACAAAAAGAUGCAUUGGAAUAUUGGCUUACUGAACAUUUACGUUUGAGAGUUCAAAAUUUAGUAGUAGAAGAUUCUUUGGAAUCAGUUAAUGUUUAUAAAAUUGUUGAAUAUGUUGCAUCUCGACAAGAUCAAACCACCGGUGUUUUUACAGGGGAUGGACAAGGAGAAAUUGUUUAG